AUGUCUACCUUGGCCAAAGUCGAUAUCUACACCGGUCCGUGGGUGGACUGGUCGAGGGGACCAAUUCUCGGCAGCACCCUCACCCUCUCCUCGAAGACUGCGCCGAUCUUCACGGCAUUCCUUGCUUUCUUCAUCACAGUCGUCGGCGCCUGUCUAUGGAGGAUACUAUGCUUUGUCAUUCACCAGAGCUCUGCCUCCGAACGACCUCGAGAUGGACAGCAUCACCAGCACCAACUCAUCUUCAGGAACACUGCUUCCCCAACAGAAGCCAUGCGAGCGUUCUUCGAGUCCGCCUUCUUCUGGCGCAAAUCAACUGGUCACUCCUUCGUCAGAGCACUGCCGCUCGCCCUCUUCGCGAUCGUCUUCAGCUGCGCGCUGACAGCAGGCUCCAUCCUCUCCUCGCUCGUCGCGAAGUCCUCCGGGUCAGAAAGACUGAUCACCUCCGACAAUUGCGGCUUCUUCGCCUACGACAAUAGCUCCUCCUUACCCAUCCGCACAAAAGCCAUGGUCUCAAAAGACCUCAACGACACACUCAUCGCCUCCGCCUACUCCCGACAAUGCUAUCAAGGCAACGACAAGCUCAACGUCAUGCAAUGCUCCACGUAUGAAAAACCCGCGCUGACCUACAAAGCCGUCACCAACGCCUCCUGCCCCUUCGACAAGUCCAUGUGCCUGAACAAUCUCGUCUACCAACUCGACACUGGCCUACUCGACACACACAAAGACCUCGGCAUCAACAUGCCCACCUCCGGCCGCGUCGGCUUCCGCAAAGUAUCCACCUGCGCACCCAUCUCCCAGACAGGCUUCAUGACCAACCGCACCUCCGACGGCACUGACGGCUGGUACCACUACGGCGGCAUCGGUGCACUCGGCCUCAACACGACCUACUUCUACAACGCCCACGCCCUCCUCGACGGCUGGGGCUACGAGUUGGAAUCCAUCACCGCCUCCCCCGGGUCCAGCGCAGGCUGGAACCCGAUCGACGAACUCGCCCGCACAGACGCAGACAUCUCCCUUAUCUUCCUCGCGCCCAACAGCAUCCAGUUCUACAAACCCAACACCGACCCUAUGUUCGCCGCCACAACCAAAUUCGACGCUGGCAGCACCGCCUCCAUCGACGGCACCUACUACACCUCAGACAACUGGGUCAACAUCAUGGCCUGCACAGACCAAUACCAAUACUGCCACCCCAACUCCAACCCCGCCGACAACAAAGAUCAAUGCACACCCCUAACAGACUACGCCACAGCCUGGACCUCAAUCUACGACCCGAAGCUCAACCUCAACGACGUCCAGCAACUCGUCGCGUCCCGCAUCGCACUCAAUUCGAGGGCGUUGAGCAUCCACCACGGCAUCUCCGGCCGCGGCGCCUCGGCACUCCGCGCGACGGAGUAUGUGAGUGAGCGCGCGCAGCUGGAGAUCAAGCCGAACCAGUGGCAGGUGGAGGUCAAUAGUUGGUUCGAUGUUGGGUUGGCGAGGUUGCAGCGGAGUAUUGUUGAGUAUGCUACUGGACCAGACUUCCUGCCCGAGGGUACCUACCUCCAGCGUCCCGGCUCUACGGAUGUGAUCAGCAAAGCAAUGUGUGGCAGCCAGAUGGUCAGGUCGGCGGACGGGACCGUCUCGUUCUCCGUCCUCGGCAUAUCGAUCAUUUUCGCCGUGGGCGCGCUGAUCAUCUUCAUCUACCUGAUCCUCGAAACCUGCAUUGGGUUCCUGCAGAGGAAGAUGCGCUGGGGCGACUAUAGACGGGUGAGGUGGGUCAUGGACGAUAAACUGCAGGUGCAAAGGAUGGCGUUUGAGGGGGCCGGGAUGGGUGGGGAGUGGCGGAAUCUGAGUGGGAAUGUGCCUGUUACUGCGCAUGCCGCGAUGGAGACCCGUUCAUGCGACGAGGGCCAGCUGGCAGGGUAA